AUGUCAGAUUUAACAAAAAUAUUUUUCGAAUAUUCAAACAAACAUAACAUUAGCAUCCCAGAAACAAAAAAGAAUAUACAAAAAAAAAACAGAGAAGAUCUAUUUAUUAAAGAAGCAUAUCAAAUUUUUAAACAUAUCAAAGAACUAAAAAAGUUCUUAACAGACAUACGACAUGCAUACCUUAAUAUCGAAUCUAGAGAGUCUAUAGAUUUUCAAUCAUUUAACAAACAAAAUACUUCUGUUCUUUCAUGCAGAGGUUUAAAAACAUUAUCAGAUAAACAAAGAGAAGAAAUCGAUACAAAAUCAAGAAUAAUUAUCAAACAAAGUAGAGAAAGAAUACUAAAACUUGAAAAUCUCGAAAAAAAUAAAAAAGCACAGCGUAAAAAAACAAUAAUUUUUACAUUAUUUUUUCAAGAUUCUUCAAAAAAAAUUAAAGAAGAAUUAAUUUCAGAACAUAGAAAUUGCAUAACAUGGUUUCUUAACAAGAAAUUAAAAGACGUAUCUCUUAUACACGAACAACAACAGCGAAUUAAACUACAACACCAAAUUGAAAAGAAUAAAAGAAUUAUAAACUCUGCAAAUAUACUUUCUAUUCAAGCAAAUAAACAAAGUCAAGAUGCUUUAAUAUUUAAUUUAAAUACAAACUUAUCAAAAGAACAAAUUCAAGUCCUUGAUACAGAAAAUAACGAAAUAUAUGAAUAUUUUCAAUCAACUCUUGAUCAAGUAAGAUCAGUGCAGAAAUCUUUAUCCGAAAUUUCAAAAAUACAAACAGAAUUAGCAUCUCAUAUAGAAGAACAGUCAUAUAUAACUAAUAAGUUGCAUGAAGAAGUGUUAUAUACAUCAGAGUUAAUAAAGAGCGGAAGCACUCAAUUAAUACAUACUAAAAAAAUAAAUAAAACAUCAUCACGAUUUAUUACAUGGUUCCUUCUUAUAUCAUCAUCUAUAUUACUGUUACUAGAUUGGUAUAAUUGA